CAAAUAAAAAAUGAAUACAACGAACGAACACCAGAAAUUGGUGAAGGAACAUUGCACAGUAGAGAAAGAAAGAUGGAAACGCAGGCAGAGAGCACUACCGGCGACGACAUAUCCGCCAUUAAGGAGAUGCGACAACAGCUUGAAGCUCGCAUUGAAGCUCGCCACAAAGAACAACAAGACCUCAUUGCUUCUCUCCAAACCCUAGUUCCCGACCUCGUCUCUUCCCUAAAUCUCUCUCUUCAAGUUAUCUCCACCUUCAAUGGCCGCCCUUUCACCCCCCUCUCUCCUCCUCCUAACCCUAAUCCUAACCCUAACCCUACCACUCCUCGUUCCCUCCACCACAAGAAACAUCCUCUCGAAAAUCGCGCCAAACAACAACCUCCUCUUCCGCCUUCCAAGCGAGUCUCGAAACCUGAACCUCAAACUCUCCGAAAACACGACACUUCGGGAACUCCGAUGUCGGUAGUUCGCUCAAUGUUGGCGCGUUUUUUGUGUGAUAGGGAUCCUUGGACGGAAAUUGACUCUUCGACUGUGCUUCUGAAGUUGGAGAAAGGUCAGACAAUGUCGGCGCCGGAAAAAGCGGCGCUACUUGAUGUCGGUGGUGAGUCAGGAGCGAUAUCCGCUGUUGAAAUGGCGUUGCGAUCAUUAGCGGAGGAUGAUAGAGGUGUUGAGUUAGGGGAGUUUGGGGUGAGUGGAAAAUCUAGGGUUAUGGUAAUCAGUGUUGAUAGUAGGAGGCUUGCCAGAGAGUUGCCUGACAGAAUUGACACUCCUGAUGUGCAUAAGCCGUCGAUUAGUACCGGUCCUAGUGACGGAGUUGAGGCGAAUGGGAAUGUUUUUAGGGCUGGAAUGCCGGAAAUGUGGCCCAUUGGGCCGGGUGAUCCUCAUAUGCAGGGUAUGCCGCCAUUGUUUCCUGGACCGAUGAUGGGUCAUAGAGGUGGUGGUCCUAGGGGGAUGGGGAUGGGAAUGGGAAUGAUGGGGAUGCCUAGAGGGAUGGGUGUGCCACCACAGCAUAGGCCGCCUUUUGGGUCGAAUGCACCAAUGGGUGGGCCUAAUGUGGGCGUACCUGCGAAGCAGUCAUCGGAGGAGGAUUUAAUGAAGGAUCUUGAGGAGUUGUUGAAUAAGAAGUCUUUUAAGGAGUUGCAGAAGUCUAAGACUGGAGAGGAGCUCUUAGACCUCAUUCACCGUCCUACUGCUAAAGAAACCGCUGUGGCAGCAAAGUUCAAGACAAAAGGGGGGCCUCAACUGAAGGAAUAUUGUGCAGCUUUGACAAAAGAGGACUGUCGACAAAAAUCCGGGUCAUACCUUGCAUGUGAGAAGGUUCAUUUCAGGCGAAUAAUUGCCCCGCAUACAGAUAUCAAUUUAGGAGACUGUUCUUUUCUUGAUACUUGCCGUCACAUGAAGACAUGCAAAUAUGUUCACUAUGAGCUUGACCCAACUCCAGACAUGUCACCAAUGAUGAUGGGGACUUCAGCUCUUCCUCUGUCCAAACCAUUAAAAGCUCAGCGAGCACACUAUUGUUCAGAAGUAGAACUUGGUCAAUCACAGUGGAUUAAUUGUGACAUCCGGAAUUUCAGAAUGGACAUCUUGGGACAAUUUGGAGUUAUAAUGGCUGAUCCACCUUGGGAUAUUCAUAUGGAAUUGCCAUAUGGGACAAUGGCUGAUGAUGAGAUGCGUACUCUUAAUGUUCCUGCAUUGCAGACUGAUGGUCUGAUUUUCCUGUGGGUCACUGGACGUGCAAUGGAGCUCGGUCGUGAAUGUUUGGAAUUGUGGGGUUACAAACGUGUUGAAGAAAUCAUCUGGGUGAAGACUAAUCAACUUCAGAGAAUUAUUAGAACGGGACGGACAGGUCAUUGGCUUAACCACAGCAAAGAACAUUGCCUUGUAGGCAUAAAAGGAAAUCCUGAGGUCAACAGGAACAUUGACACUGACGUAAUUGUGGCAGAGGUUCGGGAGACUAGUCGAAAACCAGAUGAGAUGUAUCCGUUGCUUGAGAGGAUUAGUCCGAGGACAAGGAAACUGGAACUCUUUGCUCGCAUGCAUAAUACACAUUCUGGGUGGUUGUCACUUGGAAAUCAGCUCAGUGGAGCCCGCUUGGUAGAUGAAGGACUAAGGGCCAGGUUUAAGGCUGCAUAUCCAGAUGUUGCGAUUGAACCACCAUCACCUCCAAGGAGUUCAGAAAUGGAUGUCGACCCCAUUGACAACCAAGUAAGAACUCCAUUCUCAGGGUUAGAUACUAAAUCCGUGCCACAGUCAUUCACUCAGGCUGCAGUUGUAGAAGCAGCUUAUGUUUCAGAAGAGAAGUCUCUGGAUGUUGAGAUGGUAAAAGCUGAUUAGUCCAUCCAUUCAUCUUGCUGGUGUUUUUCUAUCAUAAGAAUGAGUUAUAUAAAUGUAGGGUUUAGGAAUUGCAGCAACGCGGUCAUGUGAUCCCUAGAUUUCUGGGUUUCUUUCUUUUUUGAAACAUCUUGCGGAGAUCCCAUAUUCUGUAAAAUUGAAAACACAAUAAUCUUAAUUUAGAUGGUAA